GAUCGUUUUAAUGUUUAAAAUAACCAAAUAGAUUUUUAUGUUUAGUUUUUUACUAACAAAUACCAAACGAUUUCCUAUAAAAUACACUAUAAUUUGAUAAUUAUGAUGUCAAAUAAUUAUAAAAUAUAUAUUUGAAAUGAUAAAAAUUGGACUAAUUGGGUUGGUCGAGGUUGAACCAUUGAAUAACUUUAAAAUACAUUAUAUUUUAGCCACUAAGAUAUAAAAUAAUAGCAUAAUAUAUAUUAUGCCAGAGAAAAUAGCUUGUUUUAGAAUGGCAAACCCAUGAUGUUCAUUUGUUUUACUUGAUGACCAAAUCCCAUGUAGGUCAGGCCCAUUCAACUCUUUUAUUUUAUGGUUAGCGGUUAGCCCAUUAGAUACCAUGCAUUAGUCUAUUGUUAAAUUUUUUAUUUUUAACAAUAAAAAGGAGUAUUAUUUUUGCCUUUUCAUAUAUAUUUUAUCACCACGGAUAAAUAAAAGGGUAUGAAGAAAAAAAUUGACACUCCUUGACUCGUUUAAAUCCGCAUGUGUACGGUAAGUUGGCCCGUUCCAUAGAGGAAAGAGAAAAAAUUGACACUCCCUAUUUUACCCUUCCUACAAACGCUCAUGGAACAGGGAAUUUGAAAUGGGGGAAGAGUUUUUUCCACCAUGCUAUUAUAUGUUUUUAAUUUAAAAGGAUACAACAAAUGUACUUAGUGUGAUUGGUUAUGAUCCUUGCCUUUCUUUAAAAUGGUCAUGGUUCGAAUCCCAAUACAUACCUUUUAAUGAAUAAAAAAAAAGUAAUUGUGAAGACCAAAAUGUUCUUCCUACUUUCACUCUCGUUGCAGGAAAUUUGAAAUGGGGCUCCCGUUUUUCCCUUCGGUGUAUUAUAUUAUGUGUAGAUAACUCUUCCCAACCCCAUUAAUUUAUAGGCAAAAUACACUUGUGUAGCCAAAACUUUGACGGUUUUGCCAAAUAUAGCCACUUUUGGCGAAAUACCAAAAAUAGCCACUUCUGUCCAAUUCUUUGACGGUGUCAAGUAACAGGCUGACUGUACUAACGGCAUUGCUGAGUUGGCGACCGUUAGUCAAUUAAAAAUGUGAGGUGGAAACUAAAAAUAAAUAAAAUAAAUAAUUUUUAUUUUCUCUCUCCAUCUCUCUUCUUCCCCACUAUCAAAAUUUUAUCUUUUUAUUAAUUAAGUCAAAUAAAAAAUCAUAAAAAGGAAAAACCUUCUCCCCUUUUCUCGUAUGCAUCAACGAAGAAGAACCUUUCUUCUUCCCUAGAAAUCCUUCUCCUCUCAUCUCUAUCUCCUUCUUUCUAUCUUAAAAAAUGUCCAGAGCAGAAUCAGAUAUGAACCCGAUUCUCAAUCCACUCUUUGCAUCGCGAUCUCCCUAAUCUGAAUUUUCUGCUUACUAAAUUGGGGGGUUCAACUGGUGGAGGAGAGGAAGGACGGGGGAGAAGCUCCGACGACGGUAGCGGCGGGUUGCGAAGUGAACUUGAAACCAGGUCAGAGAUGGUGAUGGCUCCCAGAACCGCAGCUCCACUGUCGAUCGAUGGUGAUGGUGGCGAUGGUGACGACGGCAAGGAUUUGGGGAUUAGGGAUUCGGUGGCGAUGGUGAUGGCUCCCUGUUCCAGAUUCGUCCCUUUGUCACCCAGGCCGUCCUACGGGUGCUACCGCUGCAAUCGAUUCGUCCGAGUGCGGAGUCAAGCACAGCAAGAUGACAGCCCAGUUUCGUGCCCCCGAUUGCGAAAUCGGGUUUGUAGAGGAGAUCGAGUAUCCUCCGCAGAUGAAUCCGAUGAAGACGUCCUCGCACUGUCGGAGCUUCGCGGCAGCUAUGUAUUUUGCCUCAUUCUCUGCUUCUCCCUCUGUUCGCGACACCAGAGAUGGAAGUCAUUGCUGUCGGCUGCGGAAUCGGUGCCACCGAUCUGACCCAUUCUCUGCUUCAAUACGUGAAUCGAAACCCAGAACCAGGGUUCCCAGCGGCGCUUCGUUCGAGCUUUGAGGAAGGACUGGAUUCCAACUCUCUGUUUCCAGUUGUUGGCGGUUGUUAUUGGAGAGAAGCAGACCGACAACAGAGUAGCAGAUCUUAAUAGAUCUGGUAUGGGGCGGAAAUCCCGAAUCCCUCGCCGGCCCGAGUCUUCUUGAUCUCUGCUUAUAUUCCCCCCUUGUUUGUUAGAGACAUGAGAUCAACCUAAUAUGCAUGUUUUCCUUCAAUCGAUCUGGAUUCAGAGCACCAAAUAGUUCAAGAGUUGGUGAAAGUGGACGAAGAUGAAGACAAGAAUCAAGUUGAUGAUGAUGUGGGUUAAAGCUGGCGAUGAUUGUGUGGCAGGAAGUUCUUCGAUUGUGAAGGGGAUGAGAGGAAAAAUCGAUUUUUGUUUUGAUUUUGGAAGCUUCAAAACCAGCGAGAUUUGUAAAAGGGAUCACCUGAUUUGUUUUUAUUUUUAUUCAAUUUUGUGAUUAAAUAAAAUUAUUCAUUUUAA